AGUGGAAAAGGUAGUGUUAUUUUUCUCUGCUAUCAUUAUUAAUCCUCUUUCAUCUUCGCUUAAUCCACGCGCCUCCACGUGUCAUUUUGUGGACCGUUGGAUGGAAUCCUGAAAGGACCCCACAGUCUUAAGCGUUUGCAUCCGUCAUCAUGAAUGACCCUUCACCAGCUCAACGACGAAGCUGGUAAGCUAUCCCCAUUGAUUCUCCGAACACCCACUUCAAAAAAGCACCGAUUUUUGCGCAGGGGAACGAGAAUCACGAAGAGGGUCGCAGAGAAAGAGAGAGAAAAUAAUGGGUGCUUGUGGGUCAAGGCCCAAAGUCUCUGAGGACCUUGCAACGAAGAAAAAUCAUCAUCGAAGCAACAGAAGAAGAAGAAGAAUCUUACGAAGACGCGUGUCUUCUCGAAAGAUCGAAGCCAAUGUUACUCACUCUGGUUCCGCUUUGCAAGCAUCUAAUCGUGCUUCAGAUGCUGCUUGGUUUGAUUCUACUUCUGCGUUGGAUUCUGAAUGUGAUGAUGAAUUUUACAGCGUCUAUGAUGAUGGGGUGUCUUUGAAUGAGUGUGAAAUUGGGUCAAGACCAAACGAUUCAUCUCCUAAAGGAGUUGUUGAUUCUGUGUUUGGUGAUCACCAACAACAGAAACUGAGAGUGCACCCUUACAAUUAUUGUCGUAGCAAUUCUUCUUUGAAGAUUGCUAAGAAUCAAGCCAAACCAAAAGAUUCUACAUUGAAAUCAGAUGGACCUCAAGCUGAGUUAAACUCUGUUUCAACAGGGGAAGUGUCCACUGGUCAUGCAGAUGAGAUUGGAGAAGACAGGAAGCUAAGCCUUGAUCAUUGCGGGAUUUUGCCGAACACCUGUUUGCCUUGCCUUUCUUCCAAUGCCCUUGCUAUUGAGAAACGGAGGCCUAUGAGUCCUGAUACACCAAGUUCACGAAGAAAGUCAGUUUCUAAACUCUCCUUUAAAUGGAGGGAAGGACCUUCGGAUAUGACAUUACUUUCCCCUAAGGCGUUUAAACAAAAACCGUUGGGAGGUUCCUUGAUUCCAUUUUGUCCAAUAGAGAAGCAAACUCCUGGUUCUUGGUCACCAGUCGAGUCAAGCUCCUUUAGAGUCAGAGGCAAAAAUUACUUUAGGGAUAAGAAGAAAGAUUUUGCUCCAAGCAGUGCUGCUUUCUAUCCUCUUGGCGCUGACCUCUUUUUGUCUUCGCGAAAAAUUGAUCAUAUUGCGCGUUUUGUACAAAUUCCUGCAAUAAACAUACCUGGAGAUGUCCCUUCUAUUCUUAUUGUAAAUAUUCAGAUACCAUUGUAUCCUGUCACAAUCUUCCAAAGCGAAAAUGAUGGUGAAGGAAUGAAUGUGGUUUUGUACUUUAAAUUAUCUGAAAAAUACUCUAAAGACCUUUCAGAGCAAUUUCGGGAAAAUAUCAGUAAAUUGAUCAACGACGAAGUGGAGAGAGUUAAAGGCUUCCCUCUAGAUACAAUUGCACCCUUUAGGGAGAGAUUGAAAAUUUUGGGUAGAGUGGCGAAUGUGGAGAAUCUUUCCUUAAGCACAACUGAAAAGAAGCUCUUGAAUGCUUACAAUGAAAAACCUGUUCUCUCACGCCCUCAACACGAGUUUUUCUUGGGAGAAAACUAUCUUGAGAUAGAUUUGGAUGUACACAGAUUUAGCUAUAUUGCAAGAAAAGGAUUUGAAGGCUUCAUCGAAAGACUGAAGCAUUGUAACUUGGAUUUUGGCCUGACAAUUCAGGGAAACAAGGCAGAAGACUUGCCAGAACAUUUAUUAUGCGCAAUACGGUUGAAUAAAAUUGACUACAGCAACUUCAACCAAAUUGGCUUUUAAGUCAACAUAAAAGAGUUUUAGCCUCAAUAUCAAUAUAUUUCAUUAUUAUUCCAAGUGUGUUACUCAUAGGCUGUUUUUGAAUGAGAUUAUGUAGCUAACCGCUAUGUAUCUUUGAAUUUCUUGAUUCAUUGGUAUAAAAAAGUUGUAGAAUGUACAGUGAUGAGAAUAAUCAAAUUGGAAAUUACCAAUGAGUAAUUUAUCUUUUUCAUAGAUACAAACAGUCCCUGAACCAUGGUUAUGACUUCCCAUUUUAUGUAUUCAGGUCACUGCACAUCUUUUACAAAGUUGCUAGACUACAUGAAUAAUAUCCACAGUAUUAACUAUUUAACAGUGAGAAAAAUAUUUCUCAUGAAAGCAUAGGUUUGUCAAGGAAGUAGAUUUUAAUACCUAACUAAUAUGUGCAUGUCUAUUUGUAAACUUCACAAAUUAUGUGAGUGAAAUGUCGGAUUCGAAUCUCUUGUAAUCAAACAACAAGAUGCCAAAGGUCAAUAAAUGAUGGUUCAAUUAUUUUGUAG